UAUUUUGGAUAAAACCAUGCUUUUUGGCAGAGGUAUCAAUGUUAAGCGUUAAUAAAUAAAGCGCAUUUGAUUAUUGAUAAGCACACUAGCUGUUCCAAUGCCCGCCCGCUCAGUCGUCGCUUCUGCCCCUAACACAAUCAGUUGGCUUUCAACACUAGUCGGAGGCAGAAGCACAAAACAUUUGUAUAUUUUAAAUAGUAAAAAUGAAUCGAAUUCGUAUAUGUUUACGCACCGCGGUGAGCAGACAUGGUUACAGAAGUGCGCCAGGACGUGCACCAUUUAAUAUCUCGGCCAUGCAGGUCGCAACGGGCAACACCAACUACAGCAGCAAACAGGAAUUACAUAUUUGCCGAUAUUGCAGCAACCUGCCGGAGCCAGAAUAUGUCGUUGAUGACACCACGUACGACCGUGUGUGCUCGGAGACGCUGGAUGCACUAUCCGAUUACUUUGACGAACUAACCGAGAAUGCUGCAGAUAUAGCCGGAUCCGAUGUGGCCUAUGGUGAUGGCGUGCUCAGCGUUAAUCUGGGCCCAGCCAAUGGCAUGUAUGUGAUCAAUCGCCAAAAGCCCAACAAACAGAUAUGGCUGAGCUCUCCGAUUAGCGGACCCAAACGGUUCGAUUACAUUGUUCAGCCGGGCGAGGUCAACGGCCGAUGGGUCUACAAGCAUACCGGGGUGACGUUGCACGAGAUGCUCCAGGAGGAAAUAGGCCAAAUCUUUAGAGAGCAGCCGGUUAACUUCCUGAAGCUGCCCUAAUUUGCCACCAAUCAGUUUUAGUUAGUUUAUCUAGUUAGAUUUUCCCUCUGUUCAUUGUGGGCAAUUGUACACGAGCUGGCGGGUAGCAUGUUAUUUGUUAAUGAUAUAAACAAAAACAAAAAAUUAAAGUAUAGCAAAAAAACGAAA